GGUGUAUUGUUUGUUGUUAGACAUGGCGGACGAAAACAUUGUUGAAAUAUCAAAAGACAGUUCUCCAGUGAAAAAAAGGCAAAAAAUUGAUAAUGAAAAUCCAGAAAAUGAUACAAGUGUUCAUAAAAGUACAAUUAAUUUGUCAAAUUUUCAAAUGAAACGUCUGCUCAAUGUAAAUAGUACAAGAAAGCAAGUUAUUGUUGAAGGCAAUUUUACCGGCCACGAUAAUUCAGCAAUUGUUAUUUUUGAAAAAAAAUGCUUUCCCACUGAGGAAAUAUUUCUCAAUCGUGGCUUUUUUAAUGAGGGUACAAUUGUACGUAAAAAUUUUCACAAUGGAAUUUAUGGAAAUUAUGAAUGUUUUCCGACAAGGGAACACAAUGGCAUCAAUGCAAUUGUCAUUCAUCCUGCUACUCAAUCACACAUUGACAAAUAUUCCAUAAAGGAACUUCAUUUCGUUGAAGAGACUUACGAAAUUUAUAAAAAUAUAACACUUCCCUUUAUAGAAUCACAACAAUUUUCAUUAUCAUGGGUGGACAAUAUUUUAGAACAUAAAGCCGAACAGGAUAAAAUAAUUUAUGAAGAUAAAGAUAAAGAAACGGGAUUUAUUAUGUUACCCGAUCUUAAAUGGGACGGUAGUCCAGAAUCAUUGAAUGUAUUGGUAUUGUCAUUGAAAAGAAUUAAAUCAAUUAGAGAAUUGAAUGCAUCACAUUUACCAUUACUUAAAAAUAUUCGCGACACAGGAAUUGAUAUAAUUCGUAAAAAUUAUAAUGUCCCUGCUGAUCGUCUUCGACUUUAUUUACAUUAUCGUCCAUCUUAUUAUCAUCUUCAUGUUCAUAUCACGUACAUAAUGUACGAUAGUCCAGGAAUAUUUGUGGAAAAGGCACAUUUACUUUCCACAAUAAUUCAAAAUAUAGAAAUGAUACCUGAUUACUAUCAAAAAGUAGCAUUAUCAUUUGUUGUAGCGGAAAAUGAUCCACUGUACAAAAAAUAUCAAGAACAUGGAGUUCUACCAGCGGAUAAUAAUUCUUCUAACGAUAGUUAAAAAAAAAAACAAUGCAUGAAUUUAAGUGGCACAUUUUUUUUUUUUUUUUUUUUUUUCUACAAUUUUAUUGCAUCAUUCAAGUAAUCUAUUUUUAUUCCUUUUUGAACAGUGACAAAAUGUAGAAAACAUUUUAAUUAUGUAUCAAUGAUUUUUUUUCUUGUAUCACAUCACUUAAUUAUUCUAUUUUGUUGAAUAAAUCUAUUAAAUUCAA